AUGCGCCCGCUGCGCUUCCUCGCCCUCGGCUUCGCCUCCGUCGGGGCUGCGGCGACGCUGUCCGACGGGGAGAUGAACACCCUGCUGCGCACCGACGCCGUGUCUCUUGCCAUGAAAGCCCAGCCCAUGUUCCUCAUGGGCCAGAUGCUCCGCAGACAGCCAUGCAUUCCGACCUUUGCCACCAACGGCAGUGCGCAGGCCAGGCCCUCCAAGCUGUGUGACUGGCCAGACGCGGCAUGCGACUGCCGGGCCCCCAAUGUCCCGGUCGGGACUCCCCUGCCGUCGUUCCCCGUCUACUUCGUGUACAGCCAGUGUUCCAACUCGUCGGUGCGGGUGGCCUAUAACCUGUUUUACACAAAGGACGGGUAUACGCCCGAGAACUUGUUCGGCCAUCCUCUCGACUGGGAGCGUGUCGUCGUCGUCUGGAACAGAACCCGUCCCGAUGAAUGGUCACCCUCGAGACUCUUCCUCUCUCAACACACGGGCUACCAGCGCAUCGACUGGGGUCGCAUCAAGAACACAUUCGCCACGGGAGAUUCUGCCCGGCCGCGCGGUGGGUGUGACGGAGUCAAAAACCUGGAUCAUCCAAAGGUCUACAUUGCCAACGCGAAGCAUGACAUGCACCAGGAGAAGAAAACGGCAUUCGUCGAUGUUCUGUCGCAGCUUACGGAUAAUGCCUUCAGAUCCGACGAUUGGUGGUAUUUCCCGCAACGGGGAGACUAUAUACUGGCUGACCUGUCGACAAGCAUCGGCAGAUUGAUCGCCAGCUUUGACUGGCACGAAGCCGAUGCGUCUCCAAACAAGGUCGCGGCAAAGCUCUGCUCGGCAUAA